UUUGAAGAGGUCAUCGAUGUUUUCAUCAACGUAAUCCCACCACUAUUUUCUGGCGUCGUUUUAAAUUUGCUUGUUUUCAAUUGUUUGCGAAUAUUCAUGGCCAAAAUGAACCGCCGCAAUAAGAGGACAUCAUAUUUCCAGUACGAGAUUUAUCUCGACUUCAUGGAGGACAAUCCAUUGAUGUCGGCCAACAAAUUGAGUCGCACUCAGGACGGUAAAAAGUGGAAGGAACUGAGUGAUCAGUUGAACAAGUGUACCACUGGGCCCCAUUUAUCGCCAGAGGAUUGGCGAAAGCGCCUAAAUGACUGGAAGCAUACAACGCGAUCCAAAUAUCGACGCUUGCUUAAUUCAGAUGAUAAGAACAACUUUUUAACACCUUUGGAAAAACGAGCUCUUCACAUAUUCUCCUCAGAGCCUACAUACCGAGAAAUUCCAGCAAGUGAACGUUUUCAGGAAACAGUGGCCGAGAAUGACGAGUUGGAAGAAGAAGAAGUUGAGGAGGAACCGGAAGAGGAGGAUGAUGAGCAGUACCACGAAUCGGUAGUGCCUCAGGAAACAGAACCCCCAGUGCUCAUCAAUGGUAGAAAUUCAGGCAAAAGGAUACGACUAGACAGUUCUGGGGAGGUUUUAUACCAGGUAACAACAGCACCACCACAACCCACCUCGAAAGAAGCUGCUGAGUCCUAUGGAAAACAAAUUGAGGAGCAGCUAAAACGCUUGUCGGACAUUCAUGAGGCAACUUUGCACUUCAAGAUAGCCCGCUUCAAAUACAACAAUCCCGGGUUCGAUUAUGUCCCGGAAAUAUAGAUUAAGUAGUAUUGCUAAUCAAAUGCACAUUUUUGUAUAUAAGCAUGGGGGGACCUGUUAAUUCGUUAAAAAAUUUAAUGUCACACAAAAAUACAUGUUUUUUGUACCUUAUUGAUGUACAUUGAACUAAUAAAGGCGUUCACAAGACUGUUGACAGGA